AUGUCGAUCAAAGGAUGUCAAUGUGCUAGAAAUAUGGAAGAUAAAGACGCAAUUCAGUGCUUUCAAUGUCAACUUGCUUUUCACCAAGACUGUGUCGGAAUAAGUAAAUCAGCUUUCAAGGUUAUCAGUUCCGUGUCUAAUAUUAAGUGGUAUUGUGAUGAAUGCAUGAAACUACUUCCUGAUGUAAAGUCAUUAAAUAAAGCUGUGCGUGAUAGCAAUCAUGCGCUCAACACUAAAAUUGACAAAAUUGAUGAAUCGAACAAUUUGUUGAGGAGCGAACUUGAAGCUAUCAAAAGUGAGGGGAACGGUGGGGAGGUGGCGGAUCGUCAAACUCAGAGAGCAUCUGGUGAAGUGAUUUCUGGUGAAGGUAUUGCUGAUGGUGCUGGUGGUGGAAGGCCGUUCAAUUCAUCUUCCGCUGAUACCCUGUUGAAUAUGUUUAAUUCUGAAAUCGUGAGGAUUGUGGAUAUGGUUGCUCCUUGUCGUUAUGUCAAAUCUACUCAUGUACUAUCUGCCCCUUGA